AUGGCCAGCGCGCAGCAGCUGGAAGGGUUGAGGGCUGAAUGGGACUCGUGCGAGAGGCAGGACGCGCUGAAGCGCUCACAACUAUUUGCGUACAUUGACGACCUCUCCAACAAGUUGUCUGAGACGGAGUCUGAGCUCCAGGACAAGAGGGACGCAAUUCUGAAAUUCACCAACGAGCUCGUUCAACAAGGCUUGGAAGGGGGCAAAAGCGCAGUCAGCCUGCUCAAAGAGGCCGCCGAAGCAGAGCUCAACACAUCAUUCCACCAUCUAGCCCCCCACAUGAAGAUUCUGAUUCGUGUGUAUGCGAAUGUCGAGGGACUUGCGGCCACAUACAAGAAGCUGGAUGUUGCUUCAGAGGUUGCGUUUGUAAACUUUGUUCGCGGGUUCAAUAUUGGAUACACGCUGGCAGACUUUGUCGACGCGGGUAAUGGGAAAGAAUGUGCGGAUGCAAAGAUAAACGCAAUGGUGACUGCGCACUUGGAUGACGUUCACUGCCAGCAGAUUUUCUUCGGCGGAUCGGCCGACGCUGGAUACGCUCGCUUGCUUGAGCCGAUCGCCCGAGACGAAACGAUCCGUCGACGUAUCACUCUUCUCAAGGGUCCGCCGUUCGUCCAUGAGUUAGCCAAUAUCAAGGAUAAAUUCCACGUCCCGACUACGCCUCUUAGACACAUUUUCAGGGACGAAAAGCUCCCCGAUAUCAAACGAAGAGUGUCGUUCCGCAUCACUCCUCCGACCACACCAUUGGCCAAUUACGCUUCCACAGUUGCCAAACCUCCUCCUAGCACUCUGCCAUCAAGUGGAUCUGUGUCCAAGGGGGUCAUGAGAAACCGGCAAGCGCAAACUGUGUAA